UUUGACUGACAUCAUCUGGGUUCGAGUUUGGAUAAAAUAACUGUUUGAUGUCCGACUGAGAUAAAGAUGUUUGACUAAAGUAUUAUUUCCGUCAGAGAAUGACUGAUCUGUAAGACUUAAGUCUAUAAGCAUUGAGUCAAGUGCUCUUCAGGCCUCUUCAUCACAUUACACUGAGUUUGAGUGGACACUUCAUUGCUCAAAUGGACCUCCAUCGGACUGCCUUUAAGAUGGAUAACUCCUCCUACAUGCCCAGCACGCUGACCUCCCCUGCCCUCAUGGUUUUGGCAUCAACAGCUGAGGCUGGACGAGAUGCCUCUGUACCCUGCCAGCCCCCUCGGCCGUUUGGAGUGCCGGUCACUUUGGAAAAGGACAUGCACCUCCCGUUCCCCAGCGGCUCGUACACCUUUGCCUCCAUGUAUCAUCGGCAAGGAGGCUUUCCCACUCGCGACUUUCCCACCCCUCUGCUCCACCUUCACCCACAGUUUGCCCCACCCAAUCUUGACUGCUCACCGCUGGGUAUGCUCAACCACGGAGCGGUGGGGGCCUUCCGGCCGUUCUCCUCCCCACAUGAGGAGCGUGAUGCAGGGGCUUACCAGUCUGCCUUCCUCCCUGCCAAGUGCUUGAAGGGCUGUCUGGAACCAGCGGCAUCACCCCACCUCCGCUACACAGAUGUGGAGGGAAAAGAUUUUGACUUUGGGGGUGCUCAUGUUCCUACUGGUUCACCAAACACCCUGAAGGUAGCUGAGGAUGCUGGGAAGAAGCUCUUUGGCUUGUCUGGGCUGUUAGUAGAGGGUUCAUCUGGCCCAGAGGAGCACAAAGAACCAAGUAAAGUGAAGGCCCUGUAUGACACACAGACGCCCAUCUGUCCGAUCUGUCAUGCUGUGCUGCGGCCAGGAGAGUUGCAAGAACACAUGGAGCAGGAGAUGGAGCGUCUAAUGCAGCUACACAAUAGUCAGGGUCCUGCUCAAAAGGAGUGUCUCGCUGCUGGGCCGCCUAAGUCUCUGUUCUCUAUGCACAUAAAGAGAGAGGGUUCCUCCUCUGCCUCCUCUCCACGUCCCGCUGAUGAGGCUGUGCACUCCGACAGGUACCAGACAUUUUUGCGAGUACGAGCAAACAGGCAAACAAGACUCAAUGUUAAGGAGCUCUGCUGGUGCAGGUGCUACGCCAAACAGAAAGUGAAAUCUGUUCAUGUUUGGCCUGACUGUGGAUUCCCACAUGUAUCUUCUUGCCCACUGUCUGCACGCAUUGGGAAACUUAAAAGACGGAAAGCAGAGGAAGACCAGAGAGACGGCGUGUGUGUUGUUGAAGAUGGCUCUGUGCUGUCAGCCGGGAGGGAGUUUGAAUGGGCCAAACAGAGAAGAAUACAGAUGGUUUCUGUUCUCAGAGGCUUCAGAGGUUUGGUGAGCAGCACACUGAAAGAACAUCAGGACAGUGAUGCAGAUCUGGAUGUGGACGGUGAUGAUACUUUGGAAUAUGGAAAAGCACAAUACACAGAGGUGGAUGUGAUUCCCUGUUCGGAAAUUUUAACUUCUUUCCGUGUGCUCUGGGACAGAUUUUCAAGCAUUACUAAUCGUGCAACUGAGGUCAAGUUACCGGAUGACCCCACCCUCAGUACGCUGGAGGCCCUGAAAAUACGCAUCCGAGAUCUGGAGAAGCAGCUCACACGAGGGGACAGAUUCAAGUGUCUCAUCUGCAUGGACUCUUACACAGUACCUCUGACCUCCAUCCAGUGCUGGCAUGUCCACUGUGAGGAAUGCUGGCUUCGCACCCUGGGAGCAAAGAAACUGUGUCCACAGUGCAACACUAUCACCUCACCUGGGGACCUGAGACGAGUGUAUUUGUGAAAGAUUACAGCUGUCCUGUCAUCUGCCUGUUUGCACUCUACACAAAUAGAUCUUUCUGGGCUGAUGCAAAACUUAGAAGACAUCUUGCCCAACAGAGUCAUUGCCCAAAAGUUCCUGUCGGAAUGCAACCCAGUUACUGUACAUGAAGACCACUGUGUUAAUUUCUUAAUGAAAUGGUAAAGUUUUAAAGCAUAAAUCUGCCGUAACAAUAUUGUAAGGACAGUAAAACCGAU